UUCCAGUCGGUCCGUUAUGCGGUUGCGCUGCAUUUUCCCAAGCGUCCUGAGAAAAAAAGAGACAUCCAGAGUGCCUGCGUCAAACAAACAAAUCAUUGUUUUUUCAAAGGUAAAGAGAUGUCAUAUUUAUACCUUCAACUUCGCUCUGUGUAGUUGCACAAUAGCAAGGCUGUCGAAGAGGAAGUCUGUUUUGCCUUCUGUGUAAGAAACCAGCCACCAACCAAACACAAUGGAAGUGGAGGAUCCCCUGUCUGCAAAGUUUAGGACUCUGGUUGAAGGACUCAUGAUGACAACAACCUCCGAGAUAGUCAAAAUCUUCAGCAAAUUCCUGACAGAGACCAGAAUGGAGAUCACCCGGAGCUGGAAGGAAAUUGACCAGCUCAAGCAGCAGUUAGAAGAUUGUGAGCUUCAGAAGACCGAGGCCAUCUUAAGGGCUCAGAUGUUGGCUGAACUGAAAAGAGAAGAUGAUGAGGUGGAAGUUUCGCAUUGGGUUUCUCAGCCCGGUGGACAAAACGCGAACACAGUUGCGCCACAGACUGAGGGAUCUGAAGAAAGAUCUGGGAGUUCGUCUUUGGAAAACCGACAAGCCAGUCUGGAAAAUGCUUGUGCUGGUGGACCAGAGGCAGGCAAGUCAAGCAGCACAGGUGAGUCAAGCAGUGAGAGAAGGAAAAGCCAUGCAUCAAAAAACAAUCCACGCCACAGCCAGGACACCCACGGCACACAGACUGUGGUAGAGCCAUCGAACACGUCGCAGAUGAAAGGGGAGACUCUUGCCAACGGACCAUCCUCAAGCGCUGGCACGUUAAAGUCAAAAGAGAAAAAAUCUGUGGUGACAAAACGAAGAUUAAAGAAAAAACAUGCUAAUGACAUUCGCGUUGCUCGUGCUCUUCGUGACAGGCAGCAACUCAGUAUGCAGAAGCGUUGCCUGUGUUGUUCUUUUGACGAGUGUUACCUCCAGUCGAGCCCCUCCAGAGCUCAUCACCAGGUCCCAACCGUAUAUGUUUGCAGAAAAUGUGAGAAACGCUUUAAAACGCACAUCCUGUUCAAGAGUCACAAGUGCUCAAUGCCUCAGAGUUGCGACAGGUGCGGGCAAGUAUUCGCUACCAUGCAGGGGCUGUCGGCGCACAGUCGGGAAGGCAGGCCUCUGUUCAGCUGCAGUCAGUGCGACCAGAUGUUUGCCACACAGUGUGCUUGGAAUCUGCACAAACGGAUCCACGAUAAUGGCACAAAAGUGCAAAAGGACUUUAAAGCCAAGUUACAGGUUCGUCUUGAGAGAAUCCCGGACUCGCAGCUGGAGGCUGCUUUACGCACAAAACGCUUUUCUUUGCAGGACAACCCAAACAGUUCGAAAUGCACACAGAACGGUACCGCAGCAGAAAGAUUUUUCGAUUCAAGUGUUGAAGAUGGCGAUGUCAGGAAAGUAUAUGCAGUGAUGUCAGCCUCCUCGAGUGAAGAUACGAUUAGCUAUCAGUCACCGUUAGCUCAUGGAUCUGACCAAAUCAAGGAUGAAGAAAAACAGUACGAUGAAAGUGAUCAUUCAGGACUGUCUCCAAAAAAGCGGAAAAUGUCAGAUUGUACUCAUGAUGCAUACAAUGGUGUGUUCCCUGUUGAAAAAAUCCUGAAAUGGAGAAACAAUAAGGGAAAUAGUGAAGUUCGGGUGAAGUGGAUGCCAUGCACACUGUGUGGGGCAAAAUUUCAAAACACAUGGGAGCCAGCAGAGAGCUUUCCAGGCUUUUUGGAUGACAUGGACGAAGAGCCGUAAACUAUGUAUAUAUUAUAGAUAAUUUUUUGAAAUCCUUUGUUUACACUACAAGGAUGCAUGCAUUGCAAUGCAGUUAAUUUAAUGAAUGUUCCUGCCUUAUCUGUUAAAAUAUAUAUUUCUUGAAACAGGUAUUUGUUUUAUCAGCAAAUGACAGCUCUGUUAUAUGGGUCUGUUAGCAUAGUGUUACACUACGUAAGCGUUAAGUACCUCAGAUUAAAAGCUUUGUUUUGUUCGGCUUUUGUCGCAUUGUCAACAGAUUUAAGAAUUUUAAGAAUUUUAUGAAUUGAAAUUUAUUGUGUGCACCCAUUUAUAUUUACCUCUUACUUCAUUAUUUUAAAUGUGCUUUAGAUGUUUGUGAUAAACCAUUCAUUUUUUUACGGUUUCUUACUAUCAGUUUGAUUUGACAAUGCUAUUGGCUAAAACAUUUGUGAGAUUGUCUUGUGAUGUAAAUGUUAACUCGCACAACCCAGUUAAUGACAAUUGUCUCUCUAAACUUUUAUUGUUCUGCAAAUAUGAAACAUUUUAUUAGUUCAAAGCUCAAAUUAAUUGUGAUUAUGACAUAAUCAUUAGUUCACAGUUGUUGCAGAUUGCCAAAAUAAAGUAGUAUGUGUAUUGAAGUAAAAACUUGGAAUAAACAGUUUUCAAAGCUCAA